AUGGUGCAUCCGACCGCCGCGCUCUCUCCUCAACUGAGGAUAUCUGUUGCGCUUUGCGUCUCUCGCGCACGUCGCACGCUGCUGUCGCCGCAACCAGCGGGAUCGGGGUGGCUCCCGGCAGCCAAUAGUGGCUCUUUGGUUGCCACUAUAGCAGACCGCAAGAUACGCGUUUCUUAUUUUCAGAUUCCACGGACACUUUUGCAGAGUGGAGCAGGCACAUUGGACAAAAGACAACCGUGUGCCAUGGCGCACGGGGGAGAGGGUUUCGGCAAGGUCGGCGCCGAGGGAGUGGGCUUUAUCACACAACAACCAGAACGAGCGGAAUCGCGCCAGGCUGACGAUAGCGCGGAACUAUCUAGGCUUGACAGAACGUCCAGCGGCGCGAGCGUUGAUAGCAACGGCAGCAGAAGCAGCCAUGGCGGGAGCAGUCUGGUGGUGAUCUCGUUCUACAAGUUCGCGCAGCUGGACGAUUGCGCCGCGCUCAAGCGCCCGCUCGAUCACGUGUGCCGCCAGCACCGCGUGUCGGGCGGCGUGAUCGUCGCGCGCGAAGGCAUCAACGGCAGCAUCUGCGGCACGCCCGACGCCGCCGAAGCUGUCAUCGAGUGGCUGCGCGCCGAUGCGCGGCUGGCGGGGCUGCGCACCACCGUGCAGCCCGCGGGCGCGGAGGAGAGGGAGGCGCACCGCGCAGCGGAAGCGAUGGAGGCGGAGGAGCGGGGGGAAGGGGGAGUGGAGGCGGAAGCGGUGGACGGGCAGUCGGAGUGUUCCCCUUUGGCGGCGGGGCGAGACGCGCCAUUCCGAUGGAACCACGUGCGCGUCAAAGUGAAGCAGGAGUCAGCGCUCAAUCCCAUUCCUCCCUCAUCACACGCUACCUCCUUCCCCUCUUCCCUCCCCUCCUCCCCUCCCUCCCCAAUCUCCCCCCUUCUCUCCCCCUCCUCUCCCUUCCGCCGCCAUUGGUACUGUGGGGAGCAGAUAGUGACGCUGGGCAUGCCGGAGGUGAACCCGGCGGAGGGCGUGGGCACGUACGUGGUGGUGGAUGUGCGCAACGACUACGAGACGCGCAUAGGCGCCUUCCACCGCGCCACCGACCCCAACACUCGCUCCUUCCGCCAGUUCCCCGCCUGGGUCCAAGACCACCUCCCUCUCCCACCCUCGCCCCCCAACUCCCCCGCGCCCCACUCCCCAUCCUCCGCCUCCUCCGCCUCCACCACCCCCCCUGACUCCGCGUCGUCAUCGGAGCCUUCCCCCGCAUUUCCCCCCGCCUCCCCCUCAUCGGCGGACUCGCUCCCCCGAGUGGCCAUGUACUGCACGGGGGGCAUCCGCUGUGAGAAGGCCACCGCCUACAUGCUGCACCUCGGCUUCCCCCAGGAGCGUGUGUUUCACCUGGACGGGGGCAUCCUGCGGUACCUAGCAGAGGUACCACCCGAGGACAGCCUGUGGCGGGGCGAGUGCUUUGUGUUUGACAAGCGCGUGGCCGUGGGGCACGGCAUGCUCCCCACCUCCACCUACUCGCUCUGCUACGCCUGCCAGCAGCCUGUGGACGAUGCAGACCGGCAGUCCCCGCUGUGGGAGGCGGGCGUGUCGUGCCCGCACUGCCAUGGGAGUAAGAGUGCGGAGGAGAAGGAGCGGGCAAGGGCUAGGCAGCGGCAGUUUGAGCGGUGGGGGGCGGUGGGCGGGCCGGGUGGGGAGAAGGCGGAGAGGGCUGCUGAGAGGAUGCGGCGACGGGCAGAGAGGCGCAAGGGUGGGGAGACAGGUGUGUGCUGUUUCACCAUCCCCUCCUUCAAGGAGUGGGCAUCAAAGGUUGAUGAUCGCAUGGUGUGUAAACAGAAGGCCAUUUGUCCCAUCUCUUUUUGCUGCGGCAACUAG